GGGAAGCGCGCCGUGCCCGCGGCUGGGCUGCCGCUGCCGGGUGCUGCGGGCGGCUCGACGUUGAGCCCGGCUGGUGGGGCCGCCCGGGGGUUGUGUGCGGGGGAAAGCUGAGCGUGAGCUGGAUGCAGGGGAGGUGGAUUCGGCUGUGACGUGCGAAAUGCGAGCGAGGCGGAUUUCGCUCUGUGAGGCGUCGCUAGAAAUCAAGGUAAAGCCAGAAAUGCUCCGAAGUGGGCCGGGAGUCUGCCGGUACCCAGAGAAUCACGUCGUAACAUCCCGAGUUGGAAGCGACCCACGCGGACCGCUGAGGCCAACCCGGCCCCAACGGCAGCACCGCAACCCAAACCUGCGGCUGAGAGCAGUGUCCUCCCGGCAGCCUGUGCCGUGCCUGCUGUGCCGUGCCUGCUGUGCCGUGCCUGCUGUGCCGUGCCUGCUGUGCCGUGCCUGCUGUGCCGUGCCUGCUGUGCCGUGCCCACCGCCCUCUGGGGCACGGCCUUUCCCUGAUAUCCAACCUGAAGGACGGGAGCAGCUCGAAGACAUGGGCACUGAAUGCCUGCUCUGCACGGAGCAGAUGGGAUUCACUUAUAGCUGUGCUACAUCGCUGAGGAAUGAGACAAAGGUAGAAAAGAAUGACGGUUUUUUGACCCUGCAGCUGCAUGAGUUCGAUUGACAAAAGCCAUCCCUUUGGUGUGCAGUGGUGCAGCCAGGCACGUGGAUCACUGGAUGCUGUCUCAGCUCUUCGUGGCUUUCUGAACUGAAAUGCGGAUCCAUAGGAGUGCAGAGCUCUGACAGCACUCACAUCGCAGCAGCUGUGUUGGUGACAUGCAAGAGCCUGAUGGACCGUGCCUCCAGGAACGGCAGAAUGGCCAAAAGAAGCAUCUGGUUUAAAUUACACAGGGGACAGGAAUAAUGGGUAACAUGUUCUGAGAACUGAAGGAGUCCCCAGGGCUUUGCUCAGAGGAACUCACAGUAGUUCUGUCCCAGUGGCCCACUGCUGAGGUUCCAGCAAACUGCUCAACAUCUGCAGCUUCACGCUCCUCCUGCUCACCGUGUCCUGGCUGUGGGAUGUGGUGGUGGCAGCUCUGGGUGCUCCUGCACUCCUGUGAGAAGGAGGCAGGCAGAGGCUGAGAGGUAUCUACACACACUGGUCAGCCCGUCCCCAGCAAGGAAAGCAGCCCCUGCAUGCAGCCUGUCUGCUGUCCUGGUGUCUGCUGUGGAAACGUGUUCUCUGCCCUUGCUACCAAAGUGCUACUGCCCUAUCUAGGCUCCCAUGGGAUGCAAUUCCUGCUGGCCCAUUUUUUUCCCCCUGUGCUGUUUCAGGGGAACUCCUUGCACAGGCCUUCUGUCAUUCUUUCUAGUUCCUGAUCUCUGUGAAGAUGUUGCAGCACAAUUUUUUAAAAGAAUCAUAUUUUCUUAGAAUGGCUGAAAGUGACCUUAAAGAUCAUUGCGUUCAUUCUUGUUGUGACUGGCAGUAUCAGUUGGGUGCUUAAUAAAAUCCUUAAACUGAGAGACACGUUCAUCUCAGUUAUGUAAAUACUGUGUGAACAUUUGAUUGAUUCUGCUUUUAGUCUGAUUUACCAAGAGACAAGGCCUGUGUAGUCACAUUGUCUCACCUUCUGCUCUUUCCUGUUCAUCUCCCAAAUAAUUUCUGUAUCUGUGAAUCUCAACAAAGUUUGAUGGAACAAUAGAGUUCUUCAAGAUACAAAGUUCUUACUGGUGUUGGAAGCUAGAUACACCAAAAGUAAUGCCUGCUAUCUUCCAUACCAACUACAACAGAUACAACAGAUAGCACUGUUUGGCGGAGCAAAUUCUCAACUUGCAAAAUGCUGUUUUUCAACUUAAUCACCACCAUUAGCUGUGCAUUUUCACCAGCAAUGAACAAAAGCCUGCAUGCUGCACUUGUAGAAGUCCGCACCAGCUGUGGGGAUCCAUGGCUGCCAUCACCACUGCUGACAUGCAUCACCCACAGCCUCACUGUGCUCACAUCCACUGCUUGGUCUCAGGAAUGCUCAGCAAGUAUUGGUGAAUGUUGCUGGGUGCCAGCUUUUCCACAUGGAGGAAUUUGAUUCCAUCCCUUUGCUCCAUAUGGAACUCCCAUGUCAGAUGUCAUUCUGUCAGGCUGUCCCUCUGCUGCCAUCUGUCAUAUGACAACAGAACAGAACAGAAUGUUGGUGGGAAGGUUCAAUCUGCUACCAUUCCACCAAAACCCUCCUCUGACAUCAUGGGCCAACAUCAUAAAAUAGGAGGCAUUACUUUCAGGGCAUCCCUCGUAGAAUAAGAGCGUGAACUCAGCACUCAGCUGUUUCUGUAGGCAGUGCAGAACCGAUGCAGCACACUGGUCUGCUGCAGGAAAGUGGGUAACGGUGGGAGGAAGGGACAGCAUGGCUGAGGGCAUGCGGACAGCACGAAGGAGCUGCUGGGGAAUGGGCCUGUUGGAAGGAACUCAAGGAAAAGCUGUUUUGUUUUGAUGGGAAACAUCAAAUCGACUCCAGAGGAAUGGCAAUUAGACCAAAAUCAGGAGGGUGGGGUUUUUGUUCUCCCUCAUUUUUGACAUCUGUGCAGUCACUGAGCUGUUCUACCAUUUGGUUCCUCCACCAGAAUAAGGUGAAGUAUUCGAAGUGUGUCAUGUGGAAAGGGCUGCAGGUUGUUAUUUAUGAAAGCAAUUUUGUGUCGGAGUGGAAAAUGUCACAGUGUGUCCAAAUCAAGUUAAAUCUAGACUGUUGUAUCUAUUCCUUUUAUUCUUGCUUCAGAAAUAAGCGACCGGGAGGGGAGCACUGGGCUCAGCACCAGUACUGGAUGAGAGAAGGGUCCCAUUAAUGCCUCCAGCACAGUGCCUCAUUUCCCAAAGGCUCAUUCAGAACAACAACAGCUCAUUUUUUGCACUGCAUGAAAGCCACUCUUGCUCCGUGCUCCCUUGACAGCAGCAGAUACCCUUCCCACAUAAGCAGCUCUUGUUCCCGUCUCCCAGCCUUCCCCUGGCUGUGGGCAGGCAGCUCUCCUACAUUUGGGUUAACAAAACCUCCAUCCUGGCUGCACCCCGGCAUGGAGCACCCUGAGCUGUGCGGGUGGCAGGAGCAGGGCUGCCUGCAGGGUGCACUGCCGGCACAGCCUUCUGCUGCAGCUGGGUUACGUGGGUUUGUUCAAAGCAUAGCCAUAAAGACGCCAAAAUACGAUGACUGCGGGCACGGCGGUGCCGCUGCAUUGUACAAAAUUAAUCUGCACCCCUGUUAAGUGCCUGCGUUGUUAGCGACGCCGCUGGAGGACAAAGCGAAGCCGCUGCUCCAGCGCUGCAGAAAUAAAGAGCUGGACGGGUUCCGCACUGAGGUUUUAAUGUGCGUGUUCCCAUGGGCCGCAGGACAGGUCCCGGCUGGUGAUCUUGCAGUUUGUCCCAUUUAAACGUGAAGUUGAUGGAAGGCGAAAGGAGAGGUUGUGCCGCCGCUCAAAAAGGCGUCCUCUGGAGCCCUGAGCCCGCCGAGCUGUUUCACAUGAGGCAGAGUAUGACUCAUGCUCAUGAAAAGGGCAAAGAAGAUUUUUUUUUUUAAAGAAAUAUAUCGCAGUUAAAUUAGUUUAGACAGCAUGACAUCAGAGAGUAAUUAAAUAGGUUUGUUGGAAUUCCGUUUCCAAUUCCUGAGUUCAGGUUUGUAAAAGAUUUCUGAGCACCUGCAGGUCUCUGUGUGUGAAAUAUUUUCACUGGAAAGGAUUCAAAACGUUAAAAAAACCUUUUAACACAGAGGCAGCAUUACGCCAUUCUUCCUUCUUGGAAAAAAAACCCCUCCGAUUUAAACAGGACUCCUUCAAGUUUUCAGUCAGUUUUACAGAAGAAAACGAGGUGGUAAACUUUCUCUUUUCAAGAACAAGUCCUUUACAGCCGCUAACUGAAGUCAGGGGAGAGCGCGUCUGAGUUCAUGAGCAUUUCCACUAUGGGACUGGAUACGAGCACUGAACAACGAGAUUUGAAAUGUUUUAAUCUCAAUCGAAAACCAUUUUUGCUGACUUUGGUUUUUAAUUUCUUUCAUGUUUUCUUCUGCCAAACUGGAGGAACCUUUCCUGAUUUUUUCUUUAGUGGCAUUCAGAGGAAGACCAGAGGAUGAAAAUCCUGCAUUUUCUCACUUUACUGCUUUGGCAUUUGACUUGGCUGUCUCUGGAUCUAGUUCCUGGAGCACUGAGUAAUUCUGAAGCAGGCCAGAGUAAUCCAGGGUCUAAAACAGAUCUGUUAAAAGCAGAAGGAAAAGAGAGGACUCCCUCAGCACGGGCAGGCACGCCACGGGCUGCGAACCAUGGAUUUAGCACCGGGACCUCAAAGGCAAGGACUAAAAGCAGUGCUGCUCAGGCUGGAGCUCUGCUGGCCAAGAACGAUGAAUCGCAGAGGGUUCUUUCAAGAGCAGCAGCCACGGAGGCAAAGGUAGGACAUCUCCCGAGCAGACCUUCUGGAGUAAGGACGGUGACUCCAAAGGUCCCAAAUCUUAGCAGCAAGGCGGCUUUGAAAAAAACUGGCACGAGCGGUACUGAUACCAGUUCUUUCAAAACGAAAAAGACUAAAGAGCCUGUCACCCAAAGGGAAGCUAAGGAAACUUUCAGACAGCCCCCCAUAACGCCACAUGAAUACAUGCUCUCUUUGUACAGGACUCUCUCAGAUGCAGAAAGAAAAGGUGUUAAUGGAAGUGUAAAACUGGAGGCUGGACUUGCCAAUACAAUAACCAGCUUUAUAGACAAAGGACAAGAUGAGCGAGCGCCAACCAUAAGAAAACAAAAAUACAUUUUUGACAUCAGUGCAUUAGAAAAAGAUGGCCUGCUGGGAGCAGAGCUUCGAAUAUUGAGGAAAAAGCCUUCUGAUACCUGGAAGUCUCAUUCUUCUGGAAAAACUUCCCAGGUGAAAUUAUUUAGUUGCUCUACCAACAGACAAGCAGCAACACUCCUGGACUCUCGUACUGUCAGUAUCACAGAUACACCAAAAUGGGAAGUGUUUGACAUCUGGAAGCUUUUUAGGAACUUUAAAAACUUGGUUAACUUGUGUUUUGAACUGGAAACUUUUGACAGGGGGAGAGCGGUUGAUCUCAGGACUGUGGGAUUUAACAGAACGGGAAGACAGGUCAAUGAAAAGGCUCUCUUCUUGGUAUUUGGGAGGACAAAAAAAAGGGACUUAUUUUUCAAUGAAAUCAAGGCUAGAUCUGGCCAAGAUGACAAAACCGUGUAUGAGUACUUAUUCAAUCAGAGGCGGAAGAGAAGAGCUCCUCUAGCAACACGGCAAGGGAAGAGGCCCAGUAAGAACCUGAAGGCAAGGUGUAGCAGAAAAGCCCUCCAUGUGAAUUUUAAGGAUAUGGGCUGGGAUGACUGGAUAAUAGCACCUCUAGAAUACGAAGCGUAUCACUGCGAAGGUCUUUGUGAGUUCCCCCUUAGAUCCCACCUAGAGCCCACCAAUCAUGCAGUUAUCCAAACUUUAAUGAACUCAAUGGACCCCGAGUCGACGCCUCCAACUUGCUGUGUUCCAACCAGGCUGAGUCCUAUCAGCAUUCUUUUCAUUGACUCCGCAAACAAUGUGGUCUACAAACAGUACGAGGACAUGGUGGUGGAGUCGUGUGGCUGCAGGUAGCAGAACAGUUGCUCAUGUGGAUGUGUUACGAAAGGCAGUGUGACGCACUGAACAUAACCUCUCCUGAAACAAGGUUAACUUAAUUUCUUACCUCUAGGGCACGUUUACAAGGAUUGUAGCACCAAAUCCAGCGAUUCUGUACGUCUCUCCACCAUCUCUCCACUGUGGGCAUAUUUCAGUGGUAUUCGGACGCUGUCACACAGCCCAGUAUAAAGCCGUGUGUUGGCAACACAAGACUGGCUCUAACUAAAGUCUAUGACAGGGAAGAUUUGACCUCCAUGCCUCUAAGUACCUGCUUUUACUCUAGAGGCAGUGUGUAAAGAUGGUAUCGGUGAGCUGUGACCUGUCUGAACAACAUCCUUGAGACUGAGUCCCAUGUGCGUUGUCUAUGAAGAACUGUAAGGAAAUAGUCCUGAUGUCUAGAAGGGAAGGUUGUGUUCUGCAUGCUCCCAUCUUGGUGUAAAUAGUUGUGCUGCAAUGUGAUUUCUUUCUGAUUAGCUCUCAAAACUAUGCAUAUAUAAAAAGGAGUAAUUAAAUGUAAUAUGUUGAUUUAGUUUUAAGUUGUACAUGGAGAUGGGUGAUGCAGGAGGUAUUACUUUCCAUGUAUGUUUUCCUGCAAGCUACAUAUCUUUCUUAACUAUCCACCUUUCCAUUAUUGUGUAGCAAGAUAUAUUACUCUGUAUAAGGUCCAAGUUGUUCUCAAAUGCUCCUAGUAAAAGUGUUCAGUUAUGGCAUAAGAUGUAAUAAAUUAUUGAC